AUGGCCCGAUUGUUUUGGGCAGCAGCUGUUUGGGUGACAAAAAGCCCGUGUCCCCUCGCUCACGCGGCCUUUUCCUCUAAGCUUCGUCGGUUGUUUCAAAUCUGGCCGUCGAGCGCGGCCCGCCCGUCGUUCAGCUUGCCGAAGGUUGCAAUUUUACAGUCUGUUGACAGCUGCUCUGUGUGCGCCAAUGGGGUACUUCACCAGCACUGUAAUUUUUGCGGCCGCCGCUGCUGGGAGGCGGUCCUGGGGCGGGAGCGCUCGGCGGGCGGGGCGCGGAGGCGCGUGUGCAUGGGGGCCCCUUAUCACGCCCCGUCUUACCCAAAGGUCCACACUGCAGCCUCUUACCCCGCAAGGCCCUAUCUGACUUCUCAAAAGGUCCGAUCACGCCCCUCUUUACCCCGAAAGCUUCCGAUCACGACGCAGCUCCCAUCAACGCCCCUUUUACCCCAAAAAGCUCGACACCCCACGCCCCUCUCUACCCCAAAAGCUCCCAUCACGCCCCUCUCUACCCCAAAAAGCUCCAUCACCCCAAAAGGUCCCCUCACGCAGGUCCCUCACGCCCCUCUCUACCCCAAAAGCUCCAUCACGCCCCUAUCUACCCCAAAAGCUCCAUCACGCCCCUCUUUACCCCAACAAGCUCCCAUCACACGCCCUUUUUACCCGAAAAGCUCCAUCACGACACUUGUCCCCUUUUUAACCGCCGAAGAAGCGCCUCCCAUUGCACGCCCCUAUGCUACCGCCAAAAGGUCCAUCACGCCCUCUUUACGUCCCACCACGCCCCCUCUACCAAAAGCUCCAUCACGGCCCACAAUCUACCCCAAAAGCUCCCAUCACCGCCCCAAUCUACCCAAAAGCUCCCUCACGCCCCCAAUCUACCCCAAAGCUCGCCCCAAUCUACCCCACCCCUCCCCCAAUCUUCCCAUCACGCCCCCAAAAGCUCCCAUCACGCCCCUCUUUACCCCAAAAGCUCCCAUCACUCCAACUAAUGCCCAAAAGGUCCCGUCCCCGGAUGGAAACAAAGAGUUGAGAAAAGUUCUUGAAAACAAAGUUUCGCCUCCUACGCCCAUAUGCAGCGGCCUCGAGGGGCGCGAAAUAUUUCCUGGUGCGGAAAAUUCACUUCAGGAAGAAAUCGUUGAAAGGUUUGAGGAAAGCGUCUGCAGUGAAGUUCGCAGUCUGCAGUUGCGUUUGAAGUCAUGA